AUGGCUACGAAAGCAACAAAAGCACUACCCCACGAGAAGCGCAAGGGCGAAUCUGCUCUUAGUCAAUUCGCCGAAUAUGUCGAGCAGCAACAAAGCAGACGAUUCCCUGCUGCGCACCCAACUCCUGCCGACUCGACCGAGCAUCAUGAAGAGCUUGACGACCUUUUCGACGGCCUCGACCUGGCAGAUACUACUUCCAGAAGACUAAUGAAGCCUCUCCUUCUCGGCUCUGACGAAGAAUCGAUAGAACAGUUGCAAAAUAUAUUAGUCGAGCGGAUAAUCGAGGGCCUUGGAGAGGCCAUCCUGGAGCUGGGCUACGAGGAUAACGGCGAACCGAUGGACCUAACAUUGGGCCUAUGGAAUAUUGCUUACAAAAGGAUUGAGCUCGCUGCGAAGAAUAUCGAUGCUGUUUGCCUGCUGCUGCUGACCAACAACGUCGGCGGUGAAGCUGAGGCGGCUAGCACGCCUGCGGCUCCAGCCAAGGGCAAAAGCUGCACCGGUAAGGUGCUUCUUCGGCGGGCCCCGAAGAAAAUUGAAGAUGCAAUUGAGACGCGAAUAGCCGUUGUUGGAAAUGUUGAUGCUGGUAAGAGUUCACUCUUAGGUGUUCUUGUCAAAGGAGAUCUUGACGAUGGACGCGGCAAGGCUCGUGUAAAUCUCUUUCGUCACAAACACGAGAUGGAGAGCGGCCGAACCAGCUCUGUCGGCAUGGAAAUCCUGGGCUUUGACGCGGCAGGCAAAGUGGUCACUUCUGACACUCCCGGACGCAAACUAUCUUGGGAAGAGAUUGGAAAGCGAAGCGCCAAGGUCAUCACUUUUACUGAUCUUGCUGGCCACGAAAAAUACCUACGGACGACCGUCUUUGGUAUGCUCUCGUCGAGCCCCAACUACUGUGUCCUCAUGGUGGCAGCAAAUCACGGCCUGACUGCCAUGAGCAAAGAGCACCUCGGCAUUGCGCUGGCACUUAAUGUUCCAGUCAUGGUCAUCAUUACCAAAAUUGAUAUUUGCCCUCCGCAUGUUCUCGCUGAAAGCGUCAAGCAGAUUACCGGAAUCAUGAAAAGUCCUGGGGCGCGCAAAAUCCCAACGUUUAUCAAUAGCCGAGAAGACUGCAUAAAUACUGCGACACAGUUUGUCAGUCAUAGGAUAUGUCCCAUCUUCCAGGUGUCCAACGUUACUGGCCAAAAUCUUGACCUGGUGCGCCUCUUCUUCAAUAUUCUUCCACACCACGGAAGGUACAACUCGGAGGGUCCCUUUGAAUUUCAAGUGAAUGAUACAUUCUCCGUCCCUUUUACCGGCACAGUGGUAUCUGGCAUCAUUAAAUCAGGUGUUAUUCACGAGGGUGACAAUGUGCUCAUCGGCCCAGACUCACUUGGUCAAUUCUCGCCAACCGCGAUUCGUUCAAUCGAGCGCAAAAGGCUCCGUGUGCCGGCAGCAUCUGCCGGGCAGUCUGCUUCUUUUGCUUUGAAAAAGGUGAAACGAAAGGAUGUACGAAAAGGAAUGGUCGUUCUUCCUCACCUCGAAGGCGAGGUGCCACCUGUGGUUCAUAGAGAGUUUGUUGCUGAAGGUGAGUCGCGCCAAGUUUGGCUGUCAAAACUCAUGAUGGCUAACAUGGAUUUUCAAGUUCUCAUUCUCUCACAUGCUACCACGAUCAAGAGAAAGUACCAGGCAAUGCUACACGUGGGACCUGUUUCCCAGACCUGUGCUAUAAUCGACAUCGAUAGAGAUUUCAUUCGUACGGGCGAUCGAGCGACCGUGGCGUUUCGGUUUGUGCAGCGGCCUGAAUACUUGGCUCCCGGUGACAGGUUGCUGUUCCGGGAGGGUCGAACAAAAGGCUUGGGUAUAGUGAAGUCCGUAGGCUACGACCCGAAGCAUCCUCUGAGUGGAGAACCUGCGGGAGAUGAUGGCGAUGCGAAUAGAGUUGGGGAGAAGAAGGGAGAGUGA